GGGACUGUUGUGGAAAGAGCGCUCCUAUAGAAAUUGUGACAGUCGCACAGAGGCAGGACGCUUUAUUUGACAUUUCUCUCUCCAUCUCUAUUUCUCUUACAUCUCCAAUCUCUGUCGGAGGAAGAAAAAACAUUUAAAAGAACUGUUGGAGAAGUGUCAGGUCAGUCAGCAGGAUGCACCGGCACAGUGGAGGCCAUGGAGGAGGAGGUCCUCAGGAAGUGGAGCUAACAGACGAAGAGAAGGAGAUCAUCAACAGUGUUCUGGCUCGGGCUGAGACCAUGGAGGCCAUGGAGCAGGAGAGGAUCGGGCGUUUUGCCACUAGGUUGGACAGUAUGAAGAAGACAGCAUGUGGAGAUGGUCACUCUCGCUGUCUGCUGUGUGGAGAGACGUUUGGCCAGCAGGGAGUCAACUCCGUACUCUGUUCCCACUGCAAGAAGCAUAUGUGCAGUAAGUGUGGGAUUCAGAACAACAGCCCGUCGUCAUGUCCUGUGUGGGUCUGUAGGAUCUGCAGCGAGCACAAAGAGAUGUUGAAGCGUUCUGGAGCGUGGUUCUUUAAGGGCCAACCCCAGAAGGUCCUCCCUGCUCCCCUGCCCAUCUCCAGGCCCAGAGGGACAGGUAGAGAGAGUCCCCGUACCCUGAACCCCACCCAUCACCAGCCCAGUACCCAGCCCUAUGCCCAUAUCCAGACCCAGCCCAUCUACCAGCCAGACGCUGGUGCAAAGAACUGCACAGAGCAGCAGGAGCAGCAGGGUGACUGCUGCUCCAACACAGAGAACCAAGAGCCCACCGAUGAGCCCCCAUACUCCAGCUCAGAGCAACAGGACCCAGAGGGGUAUAGCUCUGCUCAGACACUAGGGGGCGUUGCGGUGCAGGAAGAGAUGGUGAAGAACCAGUCUAAGUUAGGCUCCAGACCUCCCACAGCCAGGGGGAGAGAGAACACGCCAGCUCCAGCUGACUCAGUCACACCACAGGCCCAUGCGCCCGAGGAGAGCAGACACCCUCACCAGAGGGAGGAUAGAGCCCCAACUCCAGUCGGGGAGGAGAAACCCACUCCUGCCCCCAAACCCACCCUGGCAGCACGCCCAGCCCCCGCUCCUGUCGAGGACGAUGACAACGAAUAUGACUCUGAUGAAUCCACCACCCUGGGGUUACUGGAGUUCACUCUGCAUUAUGAACAGGAGAACAACGCGCUGCACUGCAAUAUAGUCAAAGCAAAGGGCCUAAAGCCGAUGGACUCUAAUGGCCUAGCAGACCCUUACGUCAAGCUGCACCUCUUACCUGGAGCCAGUAAGUCUAACAAGCUGCGUACUAAGACACUGAAGGGCACUCUGAACCCAGUGUGGAAUGAGACUCUGGUGUACCACGGUAUCACUGACGACGACAUGCAGCGCAAAACGCUGCGGCUGUCAGUGAGUGAUAUGGACAAGUUUGGGCACAAUGAGUUCAUCGGAGAGACGCGUGUUGCUCUGAAGAAACUCAAAGCCAACCAGAAGAAGAACUACAGUGUGUGUCUGGAGAGGGUGGUCCAGGUGAAGAAGGCAGGAACAGGAGGCUCAGCCCGGGGCAUGGCUCUCUACGAGGAGGAGGUAAAGGAGGAUGCAGAGGAGAGGGGUCGUAUCCUGGUCUCUCUAACCUACAGUACCCAGCAGGGUCGUCUGAUAGUGGGAGUGGUGCGAUGUGCUCACCUGGCAGCUAUGGACUCUAAUGGAUACUCAGACCCCUUCGUCAAGAUCUUCCUGAAACCAGACAUGGGGAAGAAAGCCAAGAACAAGACUCAGAUAAAAAAGAAGACGCUGAACCCAGAGUUCAACGAGGAGUUCAGCUAUGAGAUCAAACAUGGUGAGCUGGCCAAGAAGAGCCUGGACAUCUCAGUCUGGGACUAUGACAUGGGAACAUCCAAUGAUUUCAUUGGAGGGUGCCAGCUGGGCAUCACAGCCAAGGGGGAGUGUCUGAAGCACUGGUACGAAUGUCUGAAGAACAAAGACAAGAAGAUCGAGCGCUGGCACGUCCUCCUAGAUGACAACACCGUUAAAGACACGGACGACUAA